UGGAGGGUACUAACAAAUGGAAACGUGUUUGUAUUGAUGGAAAACAGAGAUUGACAUCAAUUACGAGAUUUAUGAAUAAUGAAAUUCCUCAUCAUUCACCUGGAGGACAUAGCGUGAAACGAUAUUAUGAUAAAGUUGAAGGAUCAAACCACCCUGCGUUAUCUGAUGAGGAGAAGGAACUAUUCGAAUGUUUUGAGAUCGUUUGUGUUGAAUAUUAUGAUCUCUCGUUGUCUCAAGAACAAGAAAUAUUCAGUCGCGUUCAACUUGGUGUACCGCUAACUGCAGCAGUUAUAAAUACACCUAUCGUCGACUUUGCGCAAGACCUUUAUAAAAAUUACCCAUCAAUAUCGAAAAUUAUUGAUACAACCAGAGGCAAACCACUUCAAUUGAUUUCUCAGACGCUACACAUGAUCGAACAAGAAUCGGAGAAAUUUAAAGCAUCAAUUGUAUCUAUUCAAAAAUAUUUACAAAACGGUCGAGAGGUUCCAUUUGGACUUGCACAAUCAGUUAAAAAAGUUUUUGAAACUUUGGUAACAUUGAUUGAGCUUGAUGUACAAAUGUUUCAUCAAAACAACAAAUUUUCACCUAUUGAAUUCGUAUUCUUUUGUUGGAUCAUAGCAAAAUUCCCAGAUGUUGGGGUGAUUGUAUAUAAAGAUUAUCUAAAACGGAUGAAAGAAUAUGUUAGGAGAUAUCAUGUAGAUAUCAGAUUUAAUCAAAAUGUUUAUGCGACUUUAAGAAGAUUUGUUUCAGAGUUAGAGCAGGAACAGUAUAUGUCAGAAAUGAAUUUCUAUGGUGGUUAUGAUGCUAACUAUGAUUCUAAUGAACCAUCAAGAAAGAGAAUUAAAACCGAACCGGCGGCACAAGAACAAAAGUAUAACAUCAAUAUAAACCCCUACAAAGGACCCGAAAAAAAGUAUAAUAUCGUUCUUAAAUUAAGUAAAUCGGCUCAAAAGGAACAUUUUGAAUGGUUACAAAGUCGUUGUAAUAAAUAUGUUAAUAAGGUUACUAGAAGUAUUCAUAAUAUUGUUAAUAAAAAUGAUUUAAGUGAUUUUUCAGAGGAAGAUAAUUUUAAUGUGUAUAGUGGUUGGUUUAGUUCUGAAUUUAUUAAUAAAGAAUUAAUGACAAGAAAUGAAGUUGAUAUAGUUGAAGAAGAUGGAGUUAUGGAAAUUGAUUAUAUGAUUCCGCGUGAUAUCCAAACUUCGAAUGUACGUGAAGGUUUAGAUCGUAUAGAUCAAAUAAAAUAUCCUUUAGAUCAAAGUUAUUCUUUUCCUCAUUCAGCAGGAAAAGGUGUUAAUGUUUAUAUAGUAGAUACUGGCAUUUAUAAAGAGCACCCAGAAUUUGAAGGACGCGCUAAAUUUGGAGGUACUUUUUGUAGUGGUUGUGAUAAUGAUGAUGAAAAUGGACACGGGACACACGUUGCAGCGAUCGUUGCUGGUAAAACUUUUGGAGUUACAAAGAAAGCAACGGUGAUUUCUAUCAAAGUUUUUGGUCCUUCUGGUAAAUGUAAUAAUUCUGAAGUUGUUAAGGGAUUAUCUUUCAUUCUAAAUGAACAUAAGAAAUCGAAAAAUAAAAAAACUGUAGUCAACAUGUCUUUUGGAGGUAAGUUUACGAAAGCCAUAAAUUCAGCAGUGAAAAGUCUCACGGAUAAUGGAAUCCAUGUGGUUGUGUCAGCAGGAAACGGAGGUAGUGACGCGUGCGAUAGAUCACCAGCAUCCGAGAAAACAGCAAUCACAGUCGGUGCUACGGAAGACGAAUCAGAUUUAGUUGCAAGUUUCUCCAAUCUUGGAAAAUGUGUUAAUAUUUUUGCACCAGGCAGAAAUGUUGAGUCAGCAAGCAUUUUCUCUAAUAAUGAAAGCAGGAUAUUAUCGGGAACAUCCCAAGCAACACCACACGUUGCAGGGGUAGUUGCCCUUCUUAUUGCCAAAGAUGGUAAUAAAAGUCCAGCAGAUAUGUUUAAAUCAUUGGUUAAAUUGUCAACCAAAAAUAUAUUAAAAUUCCCUAAAGAAAUUAUAGUUAAGGGUAGCCCAAAUAAUUUUCUGCGCGUACCUGCACCAUAA